AUGAGUCGGGCAGGUAGAGCCACGGGCCUUGGUCGGCUUUCGAGGCCGCUCACCACUUGGACGGCACGCGCUCCGUUCCGGCUCGCGACGGCCGGUAUCGGGCGUCAUGACAGAGGCUUCGCGGUCUUGAACAAGAACGGCGUAACAGGGCCAGUGCGCUGGGAGGCCUCGAGGCCGCAGCGGCGAUUUAGCACCAAGAAGCCUGUUUUCGAGGCGGGCGAGGCCCCUUCAUUUGCAUUCGCAUUCGACAUUGACGGUGUCCUGCUGCACGUGGCAAAGCCCAUCCCCGGCGCCGCCGAGUCGCUGCGGUACCUCAACGACAACAACAUCCCCUUCAUCCUACUGACGAACGGCGGGGGCCGGCCCGAGGCUGUCCGCGUCAGGGACCUUAGUGAGAAGCUCGGCGUCGAGCUCUCGGUGGACAACUUUGUGCAGUCGCACACGCCAUUCCAGGAGCUGGUGCAUGGGCCCGAGGGUCUGGGGGACAAGACCAUCUUUGUGACUGGCGCCGACGCGCAGAAGUGCCGCGAGAUCGCAAGGCAGUACGGGUUCAAGAAUGUCGUGACGCCGGCAGACAUCAUCCACGCGUACCCGGACGUGUUUCCCUUUGAUCGGCUCAUGAAGUCGGUCUACGCGUCGACGCACGAGCCGCUCCCGAAGCCGAUCCACACGGGCGGCGGCGACGCCGCGGAGUCGGAGGCGCUUAAGAUCGACGCCAUGUUCGUGUUCAAUGACCCGCGCGACUGGGCGCUCGAUAUCCAGAUCAUCACGGACCUGCUUCUCUCGCGCGGGGGCGUGCUCGGGACGUACUCGGCCAAGAACGGCGACGCGGCGCUACCCAACGGCGGGUGGCAGCAGGACGGGCAGCCGGCGCUCGUGUACUCGAACGCCGACCUCGUGUGGCCGACGACGUACCACCUGCCGCGGUUCGGGCAGGGGGCGUUCCAGGCGGCUGUGGCUGGGGUGUGGCGCGAGGUGACGGGCGGUGCAGCGCUGCGGACAACGGUGUUCGGCAAGCCGUUCGCGACGACGUACCGGUACGCAGAGAGGGUGCUCAACGCGCACCGGCGGGCGGUGCUGGGCAGGACGAGCAAAGAUGUCGGCGAGUUGGCGCCGCUGAAGACGGUGUACAUGGUCGGGGACAACCCGGAGAGCGACAUCCGCGGGGCCAACGACUACAGCAACGACGAGACGGAGUGGGCGUCGGUGCUGGUCAGGACGGGGGUCUGGAAGCAUGAGAGGGGCCCGCCGACGCACGCGCCCAAGAUGAUUGUGGACGACGUCAAGGCGGCGGUGGAGUGGGCGCUGCAGAGGGAGGGGCGGACGACCAAGGUGUAG